AAUUGCAGUUCGAGGCCAAUAAAAUCUGCGCUGUAUACAAUGGUGGAUUACAAGACGGAGGGUCCGUGGGGUGGUAACGGUGGUGGGAGUUGGAGAGAUGGUGCAUACUCAGGUAUCAAGAGCAUUACAGUAAAACAUGGACACACUGUGGAUGCCAUUAAGGUUUCAUAUUAUCUUAAGACUGAUAAAAUGAUGGACGAUAUCGACUUACCCCAGCAUGGAGGGAGGGGAGGUGAAGAAGCCACGAUUCUCUUCGAAGAGGAUGAAUAUUUGAAAAAAAUACAAGGAUUUGUUGGGAACUUUUAAGGCCCUAAGGUGAUCAGAUCUAUUACAUUCACCACUAAUAAGGCACAAUAUGGUCCAUUUGGCCAUCAAGUUGGAUAUUCUUUUAAAUCAAGUGGCAAGGGAAAGAUUCUUGGCUUCUACGGAAAAAGUGGACUAUACCUA